CAGUUCCUGUACGUCCCAGAGCGCCAAUUAUAACAAGAAGCCGGCGCCGGGGCUUCAUACGGACGGAGAGGAUGAUGUCUACAUCAAAGCUGCUAACGCUAGUGCUAGUCGUCCAACCGCCAAGAAUCCUGCUGGGCAUGAAGAAGCGCGGCUUUGGCGCCGGCCGCUGGAACGGCUUCGGAGGGAAAGUACAGACCGGGGAGACGAUAGAAGAAGCUGCAAAGCGGGAGCUAUGGGAAGAAAGCAGCCUCAGAGUGGAGACUCUGCAGAAGAUCGGUCAGAUUAAGUUUGAGUUUAUCGGCAGCACGGAAAUACUGGACGUCCAUGUGUUCCGGGCUGACGACUUUACCGGAGAACCGACCGAAAGCGAAGAAAUGCGUCCUCAGUGGUUUGAGUUGGAAAACAUACCGUAUGAAGGAAUGUGGCCAGAUGACAGAUAUUGGAUGCCUCUUCUUCUCCAGAAAAAGAAGUUUCUAGGAUAUUUUAAGUUUGAGGGCCAUGACACCAUUCUGGAUUACACCUUGGAGCAGGUUGAUGAUGUCUAAGAACUUAACCAACGGCAACACAGCUUUGACUCAACAUCGACGUACAAAUAGUACGCAGGUCACCAAAUGUAUUCUUAUAGUUAAGAUCUAAAGUUUAUGUUCAGUUUAUCUUUUUUUUUAUUCCAGUUUCUCAAAAAAGUUAAACGGUUUUAUUUUAA